AUGGCAAAUAUAUGCCCUAUCUGCGGGCUUAAAACUCUUCACUCAGUCAUAGAUAGAGCAACUGUAGACACAUCUAAUAUUGUUGAUUAUGUUGCAAGUUCAUCUCAAUUAAACACAAAUAUACAAAAUUCUCUUCAAAAUAUGAUAAAUAACGUGAAAGACGCUCCAAUUAAAGCAGAAUUAGUCAAAAUAAGUUCUGAUGUCAUACAUUUAUCCUCUAAAUUAACAAAAGUUGAAGUAUCUUUAUCACAAAUCAUUAAUUCAUAUGAACAAAAGACUACAAAGAACUCAGAACUCAUCAAAUCACUACAAUCAAAGAUCUCCAAAUAUAAAUCUCUCGCCUUGCACAAAGAAAACGACCAAUAUGAAAUUAACGAUCAGAACAGACAGCUUAUUAGCACAAUCGAGAAGUUAAAAGCAGAACAGCAGUCUAAGGAUCAAAAAUACAACUUAAUGAAAGAAAAACUCAAAAAAUAUAAAAACUUAGUAGAAGAAUCUAAGACUGAAAUAAGUCAAGAUCUCAUGCAACCAAUCGAUGAUCUAAAUCAUCAGAUUUCUAAACUCAAGAUCAAGAUUGCAAACAUUACAUCCGAAAAUGAUCGAAUUAUGCUUGAAAAUCAGCAAUUAUCUCGUCAACUAGCAGCUAAAUCUAACGAAAUACAAUCACAAAACGAAGAAAUAGAGAAUUUAAAGAACAAUGCAAAGAAAUCCAAUAAAGUUCUAUUUUCUGAAGUUUCUUUUGAAUUAAAGAAUCCAUUUACAGGUGAUGUUGAUGAGAAAUUCCAGAGAAUCAUUGCAAUGGAGCACUUUGAAUUCCCACAACGCGUUCAAAUGAUCAUAAAUGAAUCUGCUCGUAAAAUUAAAUCACUUGAAGAUACAAUAAUUGAGCUCAAAACACAAAUAUGCGACCAAAACAAUAAGAUCAAGGGUUAUGACAAAGCUUUAUCCGAUACAAAGAAUGUUCUGAAUGUACAUUUGACACAAUUACGCAAACUCGAAGACAAUGAGAAGAUUUUCGAUAUGAAGAAACUUGAUGUCGAUAAGAACUUACUAGCUUUUAUCGCAAAGAAUAUCUCUGACGAUAAUUCAAUGGGAGAUGUUAGCAAAUUAGUUGCAAAUUUGACAAAUAAAGAUGACGUUGCAUGUUCAUUAGUAUCAUCAUUACUACUUGCUAACAUGAAGCAGCAAGAACAACUCCAAAGAAUGGUUGACCAAGUAGAGCAAAGAGAAGAAAUUUUACAAUCAAUUCGCGAAAUUGGAGUUCCACCAGAAAAAGCAGCCAAAAUUGUUCUCAAGAUGCAAGAAGAAAUCGAUAAUCUCAAAAAGACAGUCAAAGAGAAUGAGCAGAUAAUACAAACAAAUAAAGUAGAAUUCGAGAACUUAGAGGAGCAACUCGAAAAACUUGGUGAAGAAAAGACGAAAUUAACAGAAAAUUUGUUCAACACAGAAAAUGUUUUAUCAGACUUUAGAACCAAGAACAAUGAACUUCAGAAGGAAUUAGAGAACAGAAUAACAGAAUCUGAUAAUAUGAAGAAAGAAUACACGGUAGUCAAAGAUCAAAACAAAGAUCUUCAAACAGAAAUAGCCAGUCAAAAGAAAUUAUACGAAGUCCUAUCAAAUGAAUCAGAAGAAUUGAAGUCAGCUUUAGCUCUCAAAAAGAAAGAGUUUGCAGACUUAGAUGUCAGAAUGAGAACAGCCAGAGAAGCUGUUAAAGCCAAGGUUGAAGAUCAUCAACAGAGAUUGAAAGAUCUUGAAGAAGAGCAUUGCAUAAAGAUGUGCCAAAUGAAGAAGAAUUAUCAGAACGAAUUAGAUGCAGCUGUUGCUGAAGCGGCAACUAUUAAAGAGUGUUCUUACAAAGCAUUGGAUGCUUCUUAUAAUCAAACAAGUUCAUUAAAAGGUGCUCUUAAUGAUGCAGUAAUGAAAUAUGAGAAAGCAAAGAUCCAAAACGAAGAUUUAGAACGAGAAAAUGAAGUCCUCAAAAUCCAAAAUAACAAAUUGCAACAAAAAGUUUCAGAUCUAAGAGCAAGAGUUGCAGUCCUUAAUGAUACAGCAAAAUGUGAUUGCUUCAAAGGAAAUCUUAAUGAACAGACAGCUAAACACUUUGCAGACUGUGCUUGCAGAGCGUCAGCAUUAAAGGAAAGACAGAGAGUUAUGAAUUAUGUUGCAAGAGAAAUUGGACAACCUUACAAAGUCGACUACUUUGAGCCCGACGAAGAAAAUGACUUCCAUUCAUUCAUUAGGAAUGUAAAGGAAGAUUUAAGAAAACUUAGAGUCUUUCAAUCAGCAAAACCAUCAAAUUGA